GCCCCACGUCGGGAGCAGGAACGUUUUGGCAGGCUCCACAGAGUUCUCUCUCCUCUGAUCCCACAGCAUCUGUUCCAGUUUUCCUGGCUGCUGGGGUAUGGCCGUCAAUGUGUACUCCACAUCCGUGACCAGUGAAAAUCUGAGUCGCCAUGAUAUGCUCGCAUGGGUCAAUGACUCCCUGCACCUCAACUACACCAAGAUAGAACAGCUCUGUUCAGGGGCCGCCUACUGCCAGUUCAUGGACAUGCUCUUCCCUGGCUGUGUGCACUUGAGGAAGGUGAAGUUCCAGGCCAAACUAGAGCAUGAAUACAUCCACAACUUCAAGGUGCUGCAAGCAGCUUUCAAGAAGAUGGGUGUCGACAAAAUCAUUCCUGUAGAGAAAUUAGUGAAAGGAAAAUUCCAAGAUAAUUUUGAGUUUAUUCAGUGGUUUAAGAAAUUCUUUGACGCAAACUAUGAUGGAAAGGAUUACAACCCUCUGCUGGCGCGGCAGGGCCAGGACGUAGCACCACCUCCUAACCCAGGUGAUCAGAUCUUCAACAAAUCCAAGAAACUCAUUGGCACAGCAGUUCCGCAGAGGACGUCCCCCACAGGCCCCAAAAACAUGCAGACCUCUGGCCGACUGAGUAACGUGGCCCCUCCCUGCAUCCUGCGGAAAAAUCCUCCAUCAGCCCGAAACGGCGGCCAUGAGACUGAUGCCCAAAUUCUUGAACUCAACCAACAGCUGCUGGACUUGAAGCUGACAGUGGAUGGGCUGGAGAAGGAGCGUGACUUCUACUUCAGCAAGCUUCGGGACAUUGAGCUCAUCUGCCAGGAGCACGAAAGCGAAAACAGCCCCGUCAUCUCGGGCAUCAUCGGCAUCCUCUAUGCCACUGAGGAAGGAUUUGCACCCCCUGAGGACGACGAGAUCGAAGAACACCAACAGGAAGACCAGGACGAGUACUGAGGGCACCCCAGCCCUGGCUGACUGCGCGGCUUCCCGCGCUCCCCUCCCGCCCCACCCCCCAUUAUAGUCCUUUCCUUACAGCCACGUCAGUCGGUGCUUUGUGUCAGUGCCGCAGCACUGGGGGGCCGGGCCAGCGGGGCUUGGGGGUACAAGGCGGGAGAGCAGGCAGAGGCCCAUCCGUGGCACUGGCCCAGUGGGCGGGCCCCUUGCCCGCUCCUCGCCCCUAUUUAUUUCCGUUGUCUCUAUGCUGUGUCGGCCAACACUCCCCCGGGUGCUGCUGCCACCCGCCCCAGCCAGCCACCUGCUCCUCGGCAGCCAGCAGCUGUAUAUUUGACAAAGUCAUUGGUAUAUUUUUACUUACUGGAUUUUCCUUGCACUUUACCUGUUCUUUUCCAGGGCUGACAGCUCUGGCUCUGGGGCAGUGUGCCUGGCUUGGCUUCUCUUCCCGGGGCAGGGCUGGGGCAGGACUCACCAAUUCUUAUUUAUUUUGUCUCUUGACUUCCCAGUAGUUGAGGGGAAGGCUGAUGUCAGGAGAGGGAGAUGGGCUAAGGAGGCGGCGCAGAUGGUCCUGGGGUCAGGGAGAGGGAGGGGAGCAUGCAGGGAUGGAAACCUCCUGGCACCAGGCUCUCCUACCCGAGGCCCCCACCCCAGCACCCAAGCCCGGCAGUGCUCAGGCCCCCAGCCGCUCCCUCCUGCAGCCUGGUUCACACCACACAGACUCCGAACCCUCCUGUACGUCUGUCACCCCUCUGCACCUCCCGGUCCCCGGCCCCUCGGGCACCAGCCUGCAUACGUGUUCACUUUUAUUUAAAUAAACUUGUGUGGUAAAAGUCCA